UGUCAUAAAAUUGUCGUCGAAUUGUAAAAGUUUUUACAGUUCUCAAGCCAAAAUUGCGCAAAUUGCCAGUAAGUAGUUUAAUUUUAAAUAUGAGCCAUGCAGCUCAGUUCGACGGCUAAAACAAACAUAAACAGUAAACAAUAUUAGAUUGCAAUAAAAUAUAUGACAAGCUUGCAACUUGUGGCAAACAGUCGAGAAUUGAACGCGCAGCAAGGCAGACGCCUGCCGAGUUAAAGCUAAGCAUGGAUAUAAAUUAUGCUGUGGAAGAUGCGCACGAUGAGAAUAUUCUGAAGCAUAGUGUGGAAAAGCAGUUAGCCUCAUUCUAUGCAGUCCUAUAUAUCGUUUAUGCUGUCGCUUAUGACGCUCGAGCCGCAUCCGAAUGACCAGUUCAACUGCGAUGAGGAAACGCUGCGCAUGCGCGAACAGUUGCUGCUCUAUAAGGCUGAGGUGGAUGCUCUGGAUCGCAAUGCGGAGGAUUAUUAUGAACGCAAGGAGCAGCUUAUUUAUAAAAUCUUUUGCGAAUUUCGCGUGCGCAGUGCCGAGUACGAUGCUGAGCUCUUUGGUUAGAGAGUAGGCCUACGAAAUUUAAAUAAAAGCAUUGUUCAAUAAUUAAGCCUAACAAGCUACACA